AUGCCGAAGCGGUUCUAUGCAUACCUCCGUUGGCCUCCGUCGGCAACGGCCGACGUACCAUUGUUGGAGCUUAACGGUGCCCUGGCAGAAACCGAUGUUGACAAGGCGGAAGCUUUUGCGCAACACUGUGCAUCUGUCUACGCCACCGAUGCAUCACCGACCCACCCACCCCCACUGUCGUGCUCUGCGCCUUUGCCGUCUUGGCAAGCCAUCUCGGUCAACAAGGUGUGUGAUGCACUGCCGGCUCUGAAACCGUACUAG